AAUAUAUUCAUUACUAUUGUCCUAAUUUACCCACCAAACAACUCAAACAAAACCCAACAUAGUCACAUGAAGAAAAGAAAACCUCUGGACACAAAACAUCACACACCAGCAAAGCAAUUAUUUUUGCUGUCUUCUUUAGUCAAGCAAAUUCUUGAUUCCAUUCAACCCCAUUCUCUCUCUUCCAUUUCGCCAUGUAUUUCCAUUGCCGCAUCCAGGGCGUUCUUCUUCUUGUUCUUCUCUUUAUCUCAAUUCUCUUAUCUUCUUCUUCUUCAUCACCAACGAGUCAAAUCAACUCCAACUCAGUCCUAGUAGCACUUCUCGACUCACAUUACACUGAACUCGCCGAACUCAUUGAAAAAGCUAUGUUAUUACAAACUCUAGAAAACACCGUCGCAACCCAUAAUAUCACAAUCUUCGCUCCAAACAAUGAAGCUCUUGAACGUAAUCUUGACUCAGAUUUCAAACAGUUUCUUCUCGAACCGGGUAAUAUCCAUUCCCUCCAAACUCUCUUACUGUUCCACGUCAUCCCAACCCGAAUCGUAACCGGGUCGACCCGAGACCAACACAAGACCCUCUCCAAUCACAAUCUCCACCUCGCCGCCAAUAUCACCACCGGCGAAUGGACCGUCGACCAAACCCAAAUCACCCACCCGAAUUUCAUAACCCGACCCGACGGUAUCAUCCACGGGAUCCAGCGUCUUCUCAUCCCACGCUCCGUGGAAAACGACUUCAACAACCGCCGUAGUCUCCGUUCCAUCACCGCCGUAAAACCGGAAGGUUCACCAGAAAUCGACACGAGAAAUCACCGAUUGAAGAACAAAUCUCCACCACCGGAAAAACCAGGUUCACCACCGACACUUUCGAUCUACGAAGCAAUAGCUCCUGGUCCGUCGCUGGCCCCGGCGCCAGCGCCGGGACCAGGCGGCCCACACCACCACUUCAACGGCGAGGCGCAGGUGAAGGAUUUCAUCAAAACGUUACUCCAUUACGGUGGUUACAACGAAAUGGCUGAUAUUCUGGUAAACCUAACGUCGUUAGCAACGGAAAUGAGUCGUUUAGUUUCGGAGGGUUACGUGUUAACGGUUUUGGCUCCGAACGAUGAAGCAAUGGCGAAGUUAACGACGGAGCAGUUGAGUGAACCGGGUUCACCGGAAGAGAUAAUGUAUUACCAUAUUAUCCCGGAGUAUCAAACGGAAGAGAGUAUGUAUAAUGCUGUUAGAAGAUUUGGGAAAGUUCGGUACGAUACGUUGCGGUUGCCGCAUAAGGUUAUGGCUGAGGAAGCUGAUGGGUCUGUUAAAUUUGGACACGGUGGCGUGGCGGGUUAUUUGUUUGACCCGGAUAUUUAUACCGACGGGAGAAUCUCUGUGCAGGGGAUUGAUGGGGUUUUGUUUCCUAUGGAGGAGAAGGAGGAGGUUGUGGAGCAGGUUAAACCCGUUUCAAAGAUGGGUCAACCCGGUAAAGUUGAUGUCAAACACAGAAGAGGCAAAUUGCUGGAAACAGCAUGCUGGAUGCUUGGAACCUUUGGACAACAUUCUAGAUUCGCCUCUUGUCUUCAAUGAAAAAGCCCUCGUUUUUUGUUUUUGUUUGACUAGCGACAUUCAUUAAAACAAGAUGCACAGAUUGAUGGAAAUCUCAAAGAUCUUAAUAAGUCAAAUAUGCAAAUCUUGCUGGAUAUAAUAGCCAGCUACUAUGGGUGUGACUUUCCCACAUUUUUGUUUUGCUCUUUUUGUUUUCUCUUUCAUUAUUUCCUUCAUGCGGAUUUUCAUUCUUAGAUGAGUGAGCAGAAGCUUCUCUAGUCUACUUGUCGAACAAUUGAGUGCAUAUAUGUAUUUUUAGUGAUUCAUUUACAACUGCUACUGCAAUGUCAUAGGUCGGUUCUGUUGGGAUCAAAGGGUUUUUCGAACUGCAACUAUGCAUUGAACCAUUCUGAUUAAGUCGAGAACAGGUGGUUUUCCCGAAGAAGUGGAAAUUCAAUAAUGAAACGAUUCUUUGUUGUAAUACAA